AUUGGUGUGGCCGAAUUAUUUCAGCAAGCAAAUGUAGGCCAUCUCUUUCUUUACUUCACAAACAAAAUAUAUAUAUAUAUAUAUAUAUAUAUCCUGGACCAUCUCUUUUGACUUUUUGUCCAGCUAGAUGAGCACUCUGACCUGUUUGGCACCAACAAUACCAACUGCAAGCGAUUUUGUUAUCUUCAUUGAAGUGCUAACUAAACAAAAAUAUAAAGAGAGGGUGGAUCUGUAAGCAGUACAAAGAUGUACAUAUAAGACUGAGUUUUGUUAUUUAUCAGUGAUAUUGAUAAUCACCGGUAAACCUUUGUUGAUAUAAUAAUUGUUAAUUAACAGUAUUUAAUUAUAUAUUUAUUUGUUAUUUUAAAAUUCUAAUUUGAAAAAAUAUGACUUAUAAACAGUUGUUAGACAGCAUAUAGAUGUUAUUGAUAAUAAUAAAUAAUAUUAUUCUAUAAUUUGGCAUGGGAUGUUGGAGUCAUUAACUCUAAUCAUGAACUUUCCCUAAUUAUAGAAGAAGUGCAACCUUACUCCACUGCUUUUUGGACCUUAAUGUAUGUUAGCUUUCCAUAUUUAGACUCGGAAAAAGGUUUCAAUUAUUAAUUUGUUCAAUGUUUCCGCUAUUCAUGCAACCAAUAGAAUCCUCAGUAGGUAAAAUUGGGCAUCAAUUAUAUUAGUUCCAUAGAUUAUUGUAAAAUACAUAUAGAUAGAUUUGGAUUACCAAUGAUAGUCGAUAGAGGAAAGAGUACGUUUUAUUUUAGGUAUUUAUUUGUUUGUUUUUGGCUAACUUGAUCAAACCCAAUGCCUCUAUAGAAAAAACUAAUUAAUUUUACACAGCAGAAAAUGCUUAGUCUUCAAUUUUGGAGCAAGUAAUGAAUAGUUUAUUGCAUUGACAAGGGUAUAUAUCUAACUUUGAAUGUAAAACUUAUUUGCAACUUAAAGAUAGGACUUAUAGAACCAAGUUAAAUUACAUGCAAAAUUGUUUAUAUAUACUACAUCUGCAUUAUAUUGCACUGCAAGUAGCUUCUUCUGCUUCUUUAAAUCAAUUUAAGUGCCUAAUGAAAAUACUAAGCAUUUAUGGUCUUGAACGCAUUUUUAUACCAUAUGUAUCAUAGGUUAUGAUCAAAAAUUGGGUUCGUUCAAAUUAAUCGAAUGAAUUAAUUGCUUAACCUGCUUUUACUACUCAACUCCACAGCAAGGAAAAGCAUAUUGGUCCACGACGAAUGAUGAAGUAAGUCGUAAAUAUGAAGUGAUGAAAUGAUAAAAGUUAAUAUAGCUCUCUCUCUCUCUCUCUCUCUCUCUAUAUAUAUAUAUAUAUAUAUAUAUAUAUAUUUGUUGGUAAAUUAAUAUAGCUCAAUAUGCAAAAAGAAAAAUCCUCGUUUUUGAUCCUUUGGUUGGUCUAUAAAGAUGACGUAUAAGCAAAGUUAGAACAAUUUCAUCAAAUUCCCUAGCACUGGCUACUUUCAAAAUCCUUAUAUAAUGAAGAUCCAGACCAUGCUACCUCACCAUCUCCUUCAAGCAUAACAAACUUGUUUGCAUUUCUCUUAUGCUCCUCAAACAUGGCAGCUUUCAAAUCCGUUUUAGCUCUUUUCUUCUUCCUCCUCCUCAUCUCUUGCUCUAGUGGAUUACACCGUGGCAAGAGAAUCCGGGCUCAUCAACCCUGUAAAAGAUUGGUGUUUUACUUCCACGACAUAAUAUACAAUGGAAAGAAUGCCAAAAAUGCAACUGCAGCCAUUGUAGGUGCACCAGCUUGGGGCAACAGGACCAUAUUGGCAGGACAGAACCAUUUUGGCAACUUGGUUGUGUUUGAUGACCCCAUUACGCUCGACAACAAUCUUCAUUCGACACCAGUGGGUCGUGCUCAGGGAUUCUAUAUCUAUGACAAGAAAGAUAUAUUCACAGCAUGGCUUGGCUUCUCCUUCGUCUUCAACUCUACCCAGCACAGGGGAAGCAUCAACUUCGCUGGGGCUGAUCCAUUAAUGAACAAGACCCGGGAUAUUUCGGUGAUUGGUGGUACCGGGGACUUCUUCAUGUCUCGAGGAGUUGCUACUUUGAUGACUGAUGCAUUUGAAGGGGAAGUCUACUUCAGGCUUCGAGUUGAUAUUAAGCUAUAUGAAUGUUGGUAACAAGUCAUUUAUGGCACAUUGAUUUGUUUGUCCCUCUUGUUUCCUUCCAGAUCAAAUGCUGCAAAAAUUUGGCAGUCAUAAAAAGUUUUAUUAUUCUAGCUGAUUUUAAUUUGCUUUCUCUAUUCUUUUUUUUUUUUUUUUUUUUUUUUGGGUUUGGAUUUUAGUGUGCUUAUUUGCUUGCUUCAUUCUAAAUGCUGAAAAAGAAGCCAAAAUAACUUCUUUUUCUCAGUAAGGUUAGGUUUGUUGACAAAGUUAUCUGGUUCUUGCUCUGUUCCCAUCCAAUGGAUUCAAGAUUGACUCUAUAUUUCUCAUGAAUGAUUCAUAUGCUUCAGAGACCCCUAGACCCAAGUUUCAGAAAUGACAAUGCAUUUUCCACAUAAUACAUCUCAUAAACGAUUUGACCAAAAUGUUAAAUUGCAUAUGCCAACAAUAAUCACACAUCCACUAGAACUGGAACAAGGCAAGUCAUCCAAGCAACUCUUUAUUUUUCUUAAGACAAUCGAAAUUACUGUUUACAAAAUUGAAGCAGAAGCAUUUCAUUUCUUUUUCUUUUUUUUUUCUUUUUUUCUUUUUUUUCUUUUAACGAAUAUACUCCACCAAUU